AAAUAGAAAGUUCCAUGGAUAUAUACAUUGAUUUAAAAAAUAUAUAUAUACAGUAUAUCAUCUGUAUCAUUAUAGUUACUGAAAAGUGCUUCAGGCUCAACUUUGCUUCACCAAAUAUUUUCCAACACUAUGUAUAAAAAUGUACCCCAAAUAAAAAAAGGAACCAAACAAGUUUAUGACAAAUGUACUUAGCAGUCACUGUUUAUUUAGCACUAACUGAAAUAUCUGUGCAGUUAAUAUGGGAAAAGUCAGGUGCCUGGAGAUGAGCCAUGGAAAUGGGCAAUCUGUUCAUAAUGCAGACCUUUAUAAAUACUGUCCGGAGCUGGCCAUGGUCCGUUAAACAUUUCAACUUGUCCAAGAAGAGUUGCCAUCAGCUCACGAUGCUCUAUCUUUGGAUAUGGAUGUUCCUGGGGCUUGCAGCUGCUGCUCCUCGGUAUGAUGAUGAUGAUAAGAUCAUCAAUGGCUAUGAGUGUGCCCUCCAUUCCCAACCUUGGCAGGUUUAUUUCACCUAUAAUGGACAACGUUGGUGUGGUGGCUCCCUGGUCACAGCACGGUGGAUCAUAUCUGCAGCUCAUUGCUAUAAGCAGCCCAAGUACCUGAUUGCUCACCUUGGGGAACACGAUACUACUAAACAAGAAGGAACAGAGCAGCAUAUCCAGGUGGAAAAGGCUUAUCAGUACUUCUACUAUAACCAGUAUUACAUAGAUCAUGAUUUCAUGAUGGUCAAACUAGCUGAGCCUGCCCAGUUCAAUCAAUAUGUCCAACCCAUCCCAAUAGCCACGUCCUGUCCAAAUGAUGGAAGUCAGUGCCUCGUGUCAGGCUGGGGAAACCUGAAGACCUCUGGAGUACAGUAUCCUGAAGUUUUACAGUGUCUUGACCUCCCUGUUUUGUCGGACUCCAGCUGUAAAGCUGCUUAUCCAAAUAAGAUCACUGACAAUAUGUUCUGUGCUGGUUACCUAGAAGGUGGAAAAGACUCAUGCCAGGGGGAUUCUGGUGGACCACUGGUUUGCAAUGGAAAGCUGUAUGGAGUGGUUUCCUGGGGUCAAGGAUGUGCGCAAAGUGGAUAUCCUGGUGUCUAUACCAAAGUCUGCAUCUAUUUUGACUGGAUUAAGAAUGUUAUUGAGAAAUACUGAAGUCAACCUUACACCAAAGCAAAUGUAUAUUAAAGCAUUGUCCAUUUUCUUAA